CAAGCUAAAGUUAGGCUAAUUUUUUCCAUUCAUUUUUUUUUUUCACAAAAUUUAAAAGUGCAUGCAUAGUGUUAUUUUCUAUAAUAAUUACAUUGAAUCUUUGACCAAAUCACCCUUGAGACACUCCUGCCUGCUUUUAUGCAUUAAAACUUUCGUCCUGUUUCCACCUAAAUCCGGCCUUAGAAUGCAGCGUGUGUUUUGAGUUUAUUGCAGUGAAAGCUGCCACGACGCAGUGCCUGGUGCGGCCUCUUACGGGAAGUCGUGGCGCAACGUCUGUAGGAGCUGUCUCGUCAACUGAUAGUGAAGUUUAUGUGACAUUGUCAGAAGAAGAAUUCAAAUAAAGUGUUACCACAUUUUGCAAUCCAAGAUAACACAACCAGCAUGAUUUAGGGGCCGUUUACAUGGUGAUUUCCGAGAAUACGACAAAUGUUUGCAUUUACAUGGUUCCUUCGAAUGAUGUUUCAAUGGCGUACCGCAAGCAACACGUCACUUCCGCUCAUUAAUAUUCAUGAAAUUAGCUACUGUUGCUAAGUAGGGACAAGCCACCGUUUGUCCCUAAUAGGAAAUGAAUGGAAAUCGUGGACGAUGGAGAUGUUUACAGAGCUAAAUCUACCAAUUCUCUCCGAAAAUGAUGUGCCUGGUGCCAAAUUGACUGGCAAAGAUGUGGAAGAACAUAAAAGUGUUCAGUUAAAGAGAUGGCUUUAGUGUCAAAGGCUGAAAAAGACGAAAAAAACGAGUCGACCUAAGCAUAGCGUUAGCUUUUUUAUCGACGCGACUGACAAUGACGUUCCUGUUACAACAAGCUAUCUUUUACCAUCAGCCCUGUCUUUCUUAUAUAUCCUCUGGUUGUCCUACGUCUUUUACCGUUCUUGGGGGUAAUUUAGUUAGCUUUGUGUAGCGAUCGCAAAUGCUACUCAGUGACAGCCAACGAACACUUUUAAUUUUUUCAUUGAUAACACAUCUUAAUUCUAUAAUUUAUUUACACUCCCCCUUUACUAAAGUUGUUUUUUUAUAUAUAUAUAACAGAAACUGUAACAGUGGCAGUCAGAUACCAUUGUAAUUCUUUUCAGGUCAUUCAUUGUCAGACAGAAGCAGUACGGCACAACGUUACGCUAAAAAAAUAAGUUAAAAAUAUAAAAAUGGCUUACCUCUUUGUCCUAAGAAAGACCAUGCCAACGCAACAUAGUAUUUACUGCAUAUGAAAUGUGAAUGGAUUCACCGAGCUGGUGUUAAAAUCCGUGCAAGUUGAUUCGGUCUUCACAUUUUUUCCUCCCGAGUUUUUGGUUUCCGGAAACAUAUGAAGAAAACAUCCUUCAUGUGUCAUAAUGUCUAGAGUCGUUUCUACAAGUUCCAAAAAAGCAAUGCGUGAUCGGGAUGUUCGUUUUUGAAAGAUUACCGGAGAAAAGUAGCACAAAUUACGUUGGGUCUAUGCGAGGGCGGGUCUAUAAUGUCCCACUUCGGCUUUACUUCCACUUUACGAUGCGACAUCACGGUCUAAAAAUAGCCAUUCCGCGUGAAAACGAUGUUGUAAUCAUGCCAGGCCCUAGGGGGCAGUGCGGUUAUAUAAGGCAACAACCAAUGAUAAACUUCCUUGACAACAACCACCUCAGUACGGAAGACAACAUACCUGCCCACUCGAAGCAAUGGCGUCCCUGCGUUUUUUUCUUUUGCUUUUAAAGGCACAAAAAUGCGAACAUUAAAUAUAUUUAAAUUAAAAAUAUUAUAAAAAACAGUAAAUUAAAGCCGACGUUCUGCCAUGUUUGCUGUUUUGAAUGUUUAGUAGCAGUGACUGCGCAUGUCCAAAGUGACGUGUGCGAGUGCUGAUGUCAUCGGAGCAACUGUGUUCGAUUUAUAUGGUUGCGGAGCAAGCCCCCAAUCAAAUCGUUCCGCUUCGGAGGCCGUGGUCAAAAGUUAGCCUCUUUGCCUUCCGUUUUCGCCAACAUCAUGUAAAAGUGAGGCCAUUCUGCAACACAAUCGUUGCGUCUUGGUGUCGCAGUUUCACCAUGUAAAGUGAAGCUCAUUGAUGGCAUUUACCAAUACAUAAAUUGGACAAAAAAAACACUUGCUUAUCAGAAUAAAGAAAUUCAAGACACCAAGUAGUUGGCCUACAGUCUACCAAACAGUAAGCCAUAUUUGCAUAGUGGAAAGAAAACAUUUAUUAAGGUUUUUUAAACCCUAGGAUUGGCUGGUGGCCAGUCAAGGGUGCACCCAACCUUUCCCUAAGUCAUUUGUGACACUAUUGAUGAGAGCUAAAGAAAAUAGAUGGAAAAUUAAGUUAUGUUACUUAAAAGAGGGCCAGUGAUGUUCCUACAGAUUACGACUGUGAUAACUGACCUGGAACAGAUAUGGAAAAAUCGUUUAAACAAUUAGGACCUCUUGAACUGUAUGAUAUCUCACGGGUGAGUGUAGGCCAUGCCGCGUGAUGUGUCAUGCCGCUGUCAUGUUACUGUAGGACUAAAAAGAGGAUUUCAUAAUAGAAGGAGUGUCAGCGACACGCAUGUAAUUGGUGGUCUUAUGUUCACUUGCUGGGGGGUUCAGUAGCCUGAGCUGACGUUAGAACAAAGAGGAGUCAUCUGGUUUGCAUGAGCACCGCCGAGGCUUCCCAUAGCGGGCCAGCACCACUUGAUCCGUGGUUUCGCUCUCCUGCAAGCCCAUAUUUCUUCCCACAGGAGAUUGCCCUUUUUGUGCACGGCGUGGAAUUAAGCCCGCUGACUUACCGACACAUUGCUAUGGCAACUACUCCUGAGACCCAGAAGCCGCCGGGCGGACGGAUGCACGUUAGCGCAGAGGUCACCAUCAGUUCAUUCAAAUCUCAUGUUUGUUCCCAAGAGUUUAUUAUCUGCGGUGUGUCAAGUCACAGGCCGUUAAAGUGACAGUGGGGAACCGCAUCCAGAUCGCGCUGUUUGCUUUGAGGGCGUAACAGGGUUAACCUGACAGUGGGGUCAUCUAUUACUGGUGCUGGAUUUUGUGUAUAUAGGGUAACCGUAUUUUGAUUUUUUAAAAAAGAGGACACUCGGCCCAGCCUCGAGAUACUUAAAUUUUACUCGAAGUUCACUCAAAGAUGCCUUAUCACUUUAAUAUAUUUAAAGUGUGCCUCCUCCAUCUGGAUAGAAAAAUUCAGUUUUAUAUUUAAAAAAAAAAAAAAGAAUAAUAGCUAUAUAACUAAAGACACAAAUUCAAAUUCUCAGAGGUUACUCAGCAGGCUUCCUAAAACGGGUCGGCAACCCAAAAUGUUGAAAGAGCCUUAUUGGAACAAAAAAGACAAAUAUGUCUGGAGCUGCAAAAAAAUGGAAACUCUUAUAUAAGCCUUAUAAUGAAGACAACACUUGCUAUAUGAUUCUAUAUUAGCUCUAUUAGCCUAAUAUCAAAAUGACCAAGUUGGCUACAUAUGUAACGAUUAAUCAACUGACUUGAGUAAUUUGAUUAGAAAAAAAGCUUCAAAUCAAGUUUUAAUGCUUCGAGGAUUCGUUUAAUGGGAGUGGCGUUGUAAAGGUUUGUUUUGAAAGUGUUUGCAUUUAGUUUUAUUGAUUUGGGUGGAUACACUGCCCUCUAGUGGCAACAUUUAAUCUGACAAAACUCAUCUAACAUGGCUGAAUCCAGCUGCUCCCUGUUAAGACCGACCUAAGGUUGUAAAUUUUGCUUGAGCAAAUCUGAUUGUUGAUGCAUUCGUAAUUUAGUUCAGAAGUAUAUUUAGCAGUUUUCAUGGAAAUAUGUGUUUGAACUAGGGGUGUCAAACGAUUAAAAUUUUUAAUCGAGUUAAUUACAGCUUAAAAAUUAAUUGAUCGUAAUUAAUCGCACUUAAUCGCAAUUCAAACCAUCUAUAAAAUAUGCCAUAUUUUUCUGUAAAUUAUUGUUGGAAUGGAAAGAUAAGAUACAAGAUGGAUAUAUCCAUUCAACAUACAGUACGGUACAUAAGUACUGUAUUUCUUUGUUAUAACAAUAAAUCAACAAGAUGGCAUUACCAUUAUUAACAUUCUGUUAAAGCGAUCCGUGGAUAAAAAGACUUGUAGUUCUUAAAAGAUGAAUGUUAGUACAAGUUAUAGAAAUUUUAUAUCAAAAUCCCUCUUCAUGUUUUCGUUUUAAUAUUUGUAAACUUUUCAAUAAAAAAAUAAACUAGUAGCCCGCCAUUGUUGAUGUCAAUAAUUACUUACACAAUGCUCAUGGGUGCUGAAGCCUAUAAAAUCAGUCGCACCCAAGCGCCAGCAGAGGGCGCCAAAACUCUGAAAAACACAAGUACACAUUUCACUGUGCUGUCAUUUUAAUCUGUUUGGCGGGGCAUUUGUGCGUUAAUUGCGUCAAAUAUUUUAACGUGAUUAAUUUAAAAAACUAAUUACCGCCCGUUAACGCGAUAAUUUUGACAGCAAUAGUUUGAACGAUUUGUUAAGAGCAUUGUUUUUAAAAAAAGCAUUUUAUAGCAUUUAGGAUAGCAGACUUUUGCUAGCAAGCCAAUUGUUCUUUUGUUGUUCGAUCAUUAUUUAAUUUUUUUUUAGACUGUUUGCAGCUAAGGAACUGUAAGGUACUUUUUUUUUUUAAUGCGUUUAUUGCUCUUGUGAAAUGAAACUGCAAUUCUGCAUAGUUUGAAAAAAAAACACCUUGGAAUUUUAUUUUGUAUUCGCAUUUAAUGCUCUUUUGAAAGAGCAAAUUUGAGCCAGCCUUUGUUUUACAUUUCCUAAAAUUGAUUCUGUAAGGCAUUAAAGGUUCCCAAGCCGAUUACUCGACCUAACUGAUAGACGAAUCAGUUACUUAAAGAAUCGAUAGCUGCAGCCCUAUGCAAAUACAUAAUAAGCUCCAUUAUUAAAUGUUUAUUUUCCCUGCAGUGCAUCCUAUAGAGAAUAAUGCACUACGUGACUACUCUGCUGUGCGAUGCCGCCUCAAACUUAACUUUAUUACAAUAUUAAUUAAUCAGAAGAAUAUUAGUGUCAUGUUUGUCUUUCAACGAAAACCAUUUUAAAACAAAAAAUAUAUUUCCUCCUUCAUAUUUUUCAUUUUCAAAUUUAAAAAAAAAAAAAAAAAAAAAAAACUCCGGGGAGCCACUUGGGCAGUACUAAAGAGCCGCAUCCGGCUCCAGAGCCACGGGUUGCUGACCACGUCCUAAAAUAAUAGAACAAUAAUAGCGGGGACGGAGGAACUGGAAGUAAACAAUGAUUUUUAAAAAUGCCUCGUCUGUAUUGGCGAAUCAACCUUGAACACAAUAAUAGCCGUCUUUUCAAUUUUUACUGUACAAAUAAAAAUUCUGAAAUACAUUGUAUUAGGCCCGUACAGCGUACUACGGGGGACACUGUACACCCCCCACCCCCACCCCCCAAAAAACCAACAUAUACACAUACAAAUCAGUAUUUUGAUUCAUCUUACCAUAAAGUUUCUCUACUAGCUAGUGCUAAUGGUGCCUUCAACCACAACAAAAAAAAUAUUUUCAAGAUUGUUUUUUUUUUUAAUACAAUGUUUUAUUUCAUGUCAUGUGUUUAUAUUUAUUUAUUUAAUGAUAUUCGAAAGUUAUUUACUGAAUGAAAUGCAAAACCCUUGAGAAUGGACGAGCUAAUUUGUGUCUAAAAUUGCAUCCGGGCAUUUCCGCCUCGCGCUAGCUCCAUAGCAACAGCAGUGGAGGCUCGUGGGAAUUGAUGUGUUUGCGGUCCUGAAAGAUGCAGCGUUCUGUUAAAAGUAAACGGUGAAAUCUUCACCCGAACGCGUCACUGCCAGCUCUAAGCAAAUAAAUGUAAAAGUUAAUACUAAUAAUAGCUUGACCUUUAUUAUAGUUUCUAAGCAUUGUUUCAGUCUGAGUCCUAUUUAAAACUUUUAUGGAUGACGUUACCCGCGAUGGAGCCUAUAAAUCAGUCCGUGAACGCACCGCACUUUGCCUGCUGUCAAGAGUUUGGACCGCGGCUGAGAACAUGUCGACUCCGCUACUUAUAGAGGGAGGCUUCACAUGGAAUAGUGUGUCGGGACGCUCCGUUGGUCUGAAGCCCAUCCCGCUCCAAAGCCUCUCUGAACUGGAGCGAGUUCGUCUACAGGACGUUGCCUUCAGGCAACUCCUCCGGGAUCGCGACUUGGGCUGCCACGUCACCAUUCCCAAAUAUGGUUACAAAUACAAGAAGUCGCUCAGAUGUAAGCUGGAUUCACUUUCUAAGGAGAAGAGUAAAGACAAAGAGGCGAUGACGCCCCAAGCCUUUAGCAUCCCGCUGGAGCAGGUCAUCUGCAACGACCGCAAGCACAAGCGGCGCCACGACGCGCCGCUGGAGCAGCACUGCGACCCCACUGAGCUGGUGCUGUCCUUCCUCCACUUUACUUCAACCUUCAAGAAGACCAACAAGGAGUUUUCAAGCAGCAACUCGUCCCUCAGCUCCAAUUCAGAGAGUCCCAAUAAAUCGCCAUUUGCUCCGGCGCCUGAUGCGGCCCCACGGACUCGCAGGAGGGGCGGCGUGUCGGUGGACUGCAUCACCGACCUGGAUGAUAACCAGUCGCAGCUCUUGGAGGCCCUCCAGCUGUCCCUGCCAGUGGAAGCGACGGGCAAAAACAGGAAAAAGAGGCAUGACAAAAAGCUUAGCCUCAACCCUAUGUACCCUCAAGUCCCCAGGGUGGUUGAACUCUGCUGUCAGCACCUGGAAAACCACGGUUUACAGACAGUGGGAAUUUUCCGUGUGGGGAGUUCCAAGAAGAGAGUGAGGCAGAUGCGUGAAGAGCUGGAUCAGGGAUGGGACCUCCAUUUAGACGAACAGCACAGCGUUCACGACGUGGCAGCGUUGUUGAAAGAAUUUUUCCGCGACAUGCCUGACCCUCUGUUGACGAGAGAGCUUUACACGGCGUUUAUCAACUCGACAGUGUUGGAGCGAGCUGAGCAACAGAAGGCCAUCCAGCUGUUGAUGUUCUUGCUUCCUCCCUGCAACUGUGACACGCUACAUCGCCUUCUCUGCUUGCUCUCUGCUGUUGCUGCCCAUGCUGAAGAUAUGCUAGAUGAGGAGGGACGCAAGAAACCAGGAAACAAGAUGACAUCCUUAAAUUUAGCCACAAUCCUUGGCCCCAACCUCUUGCACAAGCAAAAAAACCCCGAUAAGGAGUUUGCGGUCCAGAGUUUAGCCCGCGCCGAGGAGAGCAGCGCCAUCAUCAGGGUGCUCCAAACCAUGAUCAAUGCGUGUGACUCGCUCUUUCUGGUUCCUGCUGAGCUCCAGAACGAGGUGUUGCUCAGUCUGCUAGAAACCGAUCCUGAUGUUGUUGACUACUUACUGCGGCGGAAAGAUACACAUUACUCCAAUUCUGACCUGGUUGGACCACUCAAGUCGUCCCUGAUGGAAAGGUGCUCCUCCAAUGAGUCCAUGUCCAGUGGUGAGGCUUCCCCCUAUGACAACAGCUCUCCCGUUCUAUCAGAGAGGCUCCUUCAGCCGGAAGACGAUGAGGCAAUCUUGGAAAGUGACGCAAGAACCUCGCCUACUAUUACGACAGAAGAGGCCUUGGAGGAUCACUUCUGGGACUCCUGGCAUCCACUUUUCAGCAACAACGUUAUUGACCUUAACAUCAAUGGCUCCCUGGGAGACAUUUCUGAAUGGAAGUCAUUUGGCUCAUCAGAGGAGCUGAGCGGUCACCAAGGAAACAACAAGCUGCCCGUCAGCCCUACGCAAACCUCAUUGGAUGCUUCAGAACGUAGGCCACACCUCACUGUGGCUAGCAGCAACCUAUCCGGAGCUAUCUGCUCCGACGACCUGGCUGACGGGACGGGACAGCCUGUCAAUGCUAUCCUUACAGAAAGAGAAGAUUGCUUGUUUCGACCUCUCGGUGAGAUGCGCGUUUUCUGUUCCGGGCCUUCCAUCAGUCAGAGUGUGACCAACAGAACUGCUCCAGAACGGGCCUCGGGUAAAGCAAAUGGUCAUAUAUGGCAGAUCCUCUCCCCAAACAAUGGCGAUCCAUUGCCAGAAACUCUGGUGUGACAAACUCAUGAACAUUUGUUGGUCCAACUUUGGUGACUGUUUAAUGUGGAUCCCUUUUUGUACAUAUGUAUAUUCUUUGUAUAUAAAUAAUGCCAAUUUGAAUGAUAACUAUUCUAUGCUCAUGCAUUGAUCUAACCUGUUUGCUCCCUAAGUUUUAAUAAUAAAAUACAUUUCAGGCUUGUUUUGAUUAGUGCAUUUUAUAUUUAAAAGACUGACCUUUUUAUGUUAAUAAAUUCUCUACAAUUUUUUUUUGUAACUCACGCAUUGAAUAUACAGGUAGCACCCGGUUUACGAAUGACUUCCGUUCCUGCGCUGGCGAUGUAAGUGUAAGUCAGAAUUAACCCUUUAAAUACUUCAAAACAGUCUCUAAAUGAAAAAAAAAAACUAUACAAAAACAUGUUUUAUACACCAUUGUGCUGUCCUUGCCAAAACGUUGGAGCUAAGUCCUAGCUAGAUAGUGAGCUAAUCUCUGAAAUGACUAUGUCAGACGUCUGUGUGGUUUGCUAACUUUAUUCAGCUGCUCACGACGUCAACACUUGCAGAAUGAAACUAAAAAUGAAAUUAAACCAGUCUCAUCUUCAAUAGCAGCAAUUCAAAUUUGAGUACUGUUUAAAAGUAGCUGCUGAUACAGCAAUAACAAACGAUUAGCAUGUAUCAGCGUCCGCACAUCAUCAGAAAUGCACAUAAGCCCGAGGUAUUCGACCACAAUUGAAAACGCACAAUAACAGUACAAUAGGGGUUAUAUACA